AUGUAUAUUCCACAUAUGAAUAACUUGGCCGCGGUGGGGUAUGCCCUGAUCAUGGAGCUGAUGGUGACCUAUUUGGACGUCACGGUGUACAUGCUCCAUGUGUCUGGCAAUUGGUUGAUCUCGAGCAUGACGGAACGGCUCCAGGAAAUGAUUGAUGAUGUGGAGGUCUUGCCAAAGCGUUUUGAUCGUCCUCGAGAUAUGGGCCUAAGGCAAAUCCUGUCCGCCUGGCUUUUACUUUGGCAUCGAUGCCAGCAUCUGGAUGAUCUUCUCAGGCAACUCCGGGAUAACUUUCAGUGGCAGAUUCUGUUCAAUCUGGGCACCACUUAUAUUUUCAGCAUUGCCACCGUCUUUCGCCUGUGGAUUUACAUAGACUAUUCCAAGGAUUUCAACUUGUGGACGUGCCUCAUCAUGCUCUUUGUGUUCCUCGCCCACCAUUCCGAGGUCAUGAUGCAGUUUUCCAUCUUUCAUACGAAUAGUUCCAAGUGGCGGAAGCUCCAAGAGCAGCUGCAACAUCUCUGGUUUCUGAAUCAGUCACAGAAUGGCGCUGGUCUUACUGCGGAAGUUGUUCUCUCCAGGAAGUUGGAGUUUGCCAUUCUUUACCUCAAUCGGAAGCUCCAACUGCGGCCGCAACGCGUGCGACACCUUCACAUUGUGGGCCUCUUCGACCUGAGUCGUGCCUCCGGCCAUGCGAUGACCUCUUCUGUAUUUAGCAAUGCCCUGGUCCUUUGUCAUAUCGCCUAUAAGAUAUAUGGAUGAUUAAUACACU